AUGUCCUCCUCUCCUGGCAUCAAGGCUCGGGAGCAUGUGGACAUGGUGUACAUCUCCAUAGAGACAGCUGUUGCCCUGGCCUCUGUGCUGGGGAACGUGCUGGUGGUGCUGGUGGUGUGUGUGAACCGGGCUCUCCGCGACACCACGUUCUCCUUUAUCGUGUCUCUGGCGGUAGCUGACAUCGCCGUGGGCGUCCUGGUCAUCCCCCUGGCCAUCAUCAUCAGCCUGGGAUUCAACACUCAGUUUUACACCUGCCUCUUCCUCUCCUGCCUGCUGCUCAUCAUCACCCAGAGCUCCAUCCUCUCCCUGCUGGCCAUCGCCAUUGACCGAUAUCUCAGAGUCAAGAUUCCCAUCAGGUACAGCACCAUAGUGACCCAGGGGAGAGCCUAUGUGGCAGUCUGUCUGUGUUGGAUCCUCUCCGUCCUCACUGGGUUGGUUCCAAUGAUUGGUUGGAAUAACCGUGACGUCCAAGGAAACCUCAGCACUUCCAGUGAAAUUGUGUGCAAAUUCACCACGGUCAUGAGGAUGGACUAUAUGGUGUACUUCAAUUUCUUUGGCUGGGUGGUGGUACCGCUGACCAUAAUGAUCGCUCUGUAUGCCGAGAUCUUCAGGGUGAUCAGGCAGCAGCUUAACCGACGUGCAGAGGCCACGUGCGAUGGAGAGCGGUACUAUCAGAAGGAGCUGAGGCUGGCAAAAUCACUGGCCUUGGUAGUCUUCCUCUUUGUCGUGUGUUGGCUGCCGAUACACAUUAUGAACUGCAUCGACUUCUUCUGCCCACAGUGUUACAUACCCAAGUCUGCCAUGUACGUAGGGAUUUUCAUGUCCCAUGUGAACUCAGCCCUCAACCCAAUGGUUUACGCAUUCAGGAUAAAGCGGUUCCGCAUUACACUGGUGCAGAUCACUCGCCGCUGCAUGUUAUGUAAACAUGCAGAGCCCACCCCGUGCCCCAACAGCACACCAGCCCUGCCGAAGAAAGUGGAUGUAAACCUGUAACAAGGACUGGAGUUUUUCUGAGUAUAUCACUCACAGUGAGACGGUGCAGUGAUGGGGAUCUGGAGAUGUUAUUUGGACCCAUUAACAGUUUUCUCAAAAAUAAAUGUGAAAGAGUCAGAAAUACAUCCUGCACUCAAGGAAAACCAUAGAAAAACAAUCAUUCUGCAUUAAUUUGUUUUCACUCAAU